UCCGCCCCUGGCCCCCGCCUUGACCCCGGUGGCCCCUACUUCCCCUCCUGCCUCCAGUUCCUCCUCCCCCUCCCCAAUUUCUUCCCCCGCCUCCGUCUCCGGCGAUCAGACGACCCGAACGGCCCUCCCACUUGGCAAUCUUCCCUGUUUCCUCUCCGGACUGUCAACCGGACUAUCCAGUAUUGGCCAUUUUCUGCAUCUGAUCUUUACAACUGGAAAACUCAUAACCCUUCCUUUUCCCAAGAACCCCAGGCCCUAACCUCACUGAUAGAAUCUAUCCUCCUCACACACCAGCCCACCUGGGACGACUGCCAGCAGCUCCUACAGGUCCUUUUGACUACAGAGGAAAGGCAACAAGUUCUCCUGGAGGUUCCAACCCAGCUCCCCAACGAAAUAGAUGAGGGGUUUCCCCUCACCCGCCCGGACUGGGACUAUGAAACGGCUCCAGGUAGGGAGAGUCUCCGAAUCUAUCGCCAGGCUCUGUUGGCGGGUCUCAAGGGGGCAGGGAAACGGCCCACCAAUUUGGCCAAGGUAAGGACCAUAAUUCAAGGAAAAGAGGAAAGCCCCGCAGCCUUUAUGGAACGGCUUCUAGAGGGGUUUCGGAUGUAUACUCCAUUUAACCCCGAGGCUCCAGAACAUAAGGCUACCGUGGCCAUGUCGUUCAUAGAUCAGGCAGCAUCUGAUAUAAAAGGAAAGCUCCAACGGCUAGAUGGGAUUCAAACCUAUGGGUUGCAGGAACUAGUUAGGGAGGCAGAAAAGGUAUAUAACAAGAGGGAAACUCCAGAAGAAAAGGAGGCUAGGCUAGCAAAA